CCCCCAAACUCGACCCCACCAAACCGACCCUCCCCCCUCACCUCCCAAAAGAAACCCCCAUCCCACCCCAGGACAAUCCCCGACUUCUCCUUUUCCCGCCCACCCCUAUCCCACACCUCCCAACCCCAAGCCCAAACCGCCAUCCCCCCUUCCCAACCAGUCCCACUAGACUUCGACUCCAACCCCGACGUCCUAGCCCUCAAAUCAGCAAUCUCCAUCCUCCAACUCCAGCGCCAACGCGCCCGAGCAGACAUCCAAUCCCUCCACAAAGCCAAACUCUCCGCCCUCUCCGACCCAGCCUCCUUUGUCGCAGACCUCACAACCGGAAUGGUUGGCCAAAGGGAAGAGGGCCUAUUCGGGGGAUCACCGCCAUCCGACUCUGACUCUGACGACUCCGACGAGGACACUAAGAAGCAAGAUGGAGAGGAGAAGGAAAAGGAGCCAGCAUGGAGGACGUUACCCAAACCACAAACUGUCGUCCGAUGCCCGCCUAUAAACUGGAAUCAGUACGUAAUCGUGGGCGAGAGUUUGGAUAAGUUACAUGCUGAACAGCUCAAGGCGCCGACGCCGGGGGUUCCGGUUGUGAUGACGGGGGGGUCAAACCAGGGGACGGCCGGGAGGUUCGAGUUUACGGCUGGGCAGCAGGGUGGUGGUGGUGGAGGUGCUGGAGGGGGUUUGGUGGGGAGUAAUCAGCCGCAGAAGUUGGUCGGGAUCGCGGCGCCGUAUGUGCCGGGGAGGGACAAGAUUGAGAAGAAGAGGGGAGGGAAACGGUCGUGA